AUGAUAGGCUUAUUUCUUUACCAAAACAAAAUUGAAGGCCUCGUACCAGAGUGGAUUUGGAAUAAUAGCCAAGAAACAUUACACUUGAUUGGCCUUUCAAACAACUUCAUAACAGGCUUUCAUCAGAAUUCCCAGUUUCUUCCAUGGAUCCAUUUGGAAGUAUUUGAAAUCUCGAAUAACCAGCUACAAGGAGAACUGGUAAUACCACCACAAACCACUGUUGUUUAUGAUCUCUCAAACAAUAUUUUGAUAGGAGAAAUACCAGAAUCGAUAUGCAAACUGAAAUCCCUUCGUGUAUUAGAUUUAUCAUCUAACAACAUGACUGGAACCCUCCCUCCAUGUUUAGGCAGUUACCUAAGCAUGUCUUUGCUGGUUUUGAACUUGAAAGGAAAUAACUUUCAUGGUCCAAUGAUUUCAUUUGUGUAUGGAUGUCUCUUGAAAAGGAUUGAUUUUAGCGAAAAUCUAUUUACAGGUCAGGUGUCAAGAUCAUUGGCUAAUUGUACCAACUUGGAGUUUCUUUCCCUUGGUGAUAAUUCUUUUCAAGAUCUUUUCUCUGUUUGGUUGGGAAGUCUUAAUGAGCUGCAAGUGCUUACUUUGAGGUCCAAUAAAUUCUACGGUACAAUUGAUCAAGGUCUCAAAAACAUUAGCUCAAAUUUUCUCAAGUUACGGAUCAUAGAUCUUUCCAGAAACAAUUUUAGUGGUGAAUUACCCGGAAAAUCCUUUCAAACUUGGAAUGCAAUGAAGUCAGUUUAUGUUGGCAACUCGUCUGCUAUGGGAUUCGACCUUCCUUUCAAUACAGUCCCACCUUUUGAUUUUCGAUACACAAUGAAAUUAAUACACAAAGGUGUCAAGAGAGAAUACUUGAAAAUUUUGAACAUUUUCAUAGCCAUUGAUCUCUGUUGUAACAAAUUUGAAGGGCAGAUUCCACAUUCACUUCAAGAUCUUCAUGGGCUUGAAUUUCUUAAUCUAUCAAACAACCUUUUAACAGGCCGUAUCUUGCCAUCUUUAGGGAACCUAAAGAAUCUUGAAUCUUUGGAUCUUUCUCAAAAUCAACUAUCAGGAGAAAUUUCUAGACAACUGUUGCAACUUAGAUUUCUUUCCAUUUUAAACGUGUCGUUUAACCAUCUUGAUGGGCGCAUACCUCAAGGAAACAGUUAA